AUGGCAGGGGAAACCGAAUCCUUCGUCGAUAAGAUAGAAGAGAAAUUUCAUGACCACAACUCCGAUUCAGAUUCAUAUUCCGAUUCCGAUGACGACAAUAAGAAGAAGCCACCCGCAUUUUCCUCUAAAGUCAAGAAUGUUUACCGUCUCUUCGGUCGCGAUCGUCCCGUUCACAAGGUCUUAGGCGGUGGAAAACCUGCGGACAUUUUACUAUGGAGGAACAAGAGAUGCACAGGAAUGGCACUCGGUGCUGGCACUGCAUUGUGGGUUUUCUUUGAGUUGAUGCAAUACCACCUCAUAACUCUUAUUUGCCAUUUAAUGAUUUUGUCUCUUGGGGCCCUUUUCUUGUGGUCUAAUGCUUCUGUCUUUAUCCACAAAUCUCCACUGCAAAUCCCACAUAUUCAAGUUCCUCAGGAAAGAGCUCUUGAGGUUGCUUCUGUUCUGAGAGUUGAAAUUAACCAAAUGUUCACUAUUUUGCGGGACAUUGGAACUGGGAGAGAUAUUAAGAAAUUUCUUACUGUUGUUGCUGGAUUGUGGGUUAUCUCGGUUAUCGGCAGCUGGUUCAAUUUCUUGACAUUGUUUUAUUUAUUCUAUUUAUCACUCUUCACAUUGCCACUGGUGUAUGAGAAACAUGAAGACCAGGUUGAUGCACUAGCUGAGAAAGCAAUGAUUGAGAUCAAGAAACAGUAUGCAGUGCUUGAUGCUAAGGUUUUGAGCCAGAUACCAAUUGCUGGGUUCAAAAAGGAUUAG